CCUGUGAUUCUCUCCUCCUCCCAUCUCCUACUUUUGAUGGGGGAUGCAGCGAUGAAGUCACAGUGAUGUCAUUUUAGGAUGUGAGAGUCAGGGGAAAGGUGAGCUGGUUUUGCGGUGAGUGGUGUCCCCUCCACGGCCAGCGUUCCCUGUGCAGAGGCGCGGAGUGGCGAAAGAUGAUCAUCGCCACCGGCGCCAAUUCAAGCUCCAACGCGCUCUGUCCCUCUCCUCCUGCUCAGAUCUCGGGCUAUGGGGCCUUGAUCUGUCUUGAUCCCAAAAUAAGCCUUUAUCACCACCAUGCCAAAGGACAACAAAUAAGAAGAGUUUCAUUUGUAGGGCAGAUAACUCUGACCUCGUGCCCCAAAGGCAAACUGGAUGGCUGUUGCGCAAAGGUGUCUCUACAGUAUGUCCGGCGGAGCCAGGACGCACUGGACGCUGACAGUAGUUAUUAUACUGUGGACUUCUGUCUGGGGGAUCGUUUCAUCUUAUCCGAUUCCAAACAGGACUAAUGCGACUUUGUUGGAAAAGAAAUGGGAGACCCUCUUCUCCCGCUCCUAUCUAGGGGUGGCUGGGGGGAAAUCGGAGCUGAACUGGGAGAGUGACUAUUUGCAGGGCAUCAAAAGAGUGCGGCGACUCUACUGCAACGUGGGCAUUGGGUUUCACCUGCAGGUGCUCCCGGAUGGCAAGAUAAGCGGUGUGCACAGUGAGAACCAAUACAGUCUAAUAGAGAUCUCCACCGUGGACCGAGGGGUGAUCAGCUUGUUCGGAGUGAGGAGUGAGCUCUUUGUCGCAAUGAACAGCAGAGGAAGGUUAUACGGAACGAGAUUCUUUGGAGAUGAGUGCAAGUUCAAGGAGACUUUGCUGCCUAACAACUACAACGCCUAUGAGUCUUUUGUUUACAAGGGCUUCUACAUCGCCCUGAGCAAGCAUGGCCACGUAAAGAGAGGCAACAAAGCCACCACCGCCAUGACUGUCACACAUUUCCUCCCGCGACUAUGAGAGAAACUGGCAAUAACUCAGUAAUUUGCACAUGUGGAUGUUUUUCCCAGGUAAUAUAGAAAUGCCUAGUCAUGAUACACACACCACUGAACUGCAAAAGAAAAAUAUUUAUUCUGUUUAUAUAUCUGUAUAUUUGGACAGCUAUCUUUGUAUAUGUAUGUCAUACUGUGCUGCUUAUUGUUUUUAUGGACAGGGAGGGUUGAAGCCAGGUCUCACUUUACCUUGGUGCUUGCUGUAACUGAACUAUGUGUCACUUCCUUUUUUGAGAUGGAGGAUGAGCUAUGUCCUGUGCUGUUAGAGUGAAAUUAAUACUUUUUAUUACCUCAAAGAACCACUUUACUACAUUUAGGGGAUGCAUGGAGUUCCAUACAGCUAUCUGCUAAGUUUAUCAUUUCUUUUACAUGUUUGAGCAUUUGUUGGCUCCCUGCUCCAUUAUCGAUGUCGGGCGAUGGGGGAAGCUUAAAUGCACUACCUUUGCUGCACGAUUUAAAGGUGCCUUGGAGUUCCCACUGGUGGCCCCCUUAAACUUGCAUGUAAGAGACACCCGCUGGAGUCAGAAAUAGGGCUGACACUCCGGAGAGGGCCUCUGGAUGGAGGGGGAGGGUUGACUAUCUCUGGUUUAUUUUCUUUUCUGUAAUUAGAUCGAUUAAGUAAUGUACAAUCUGUGGUCGAGACCAGAGAGCAGUCAGCCAUAGAGGCUGGCACCAGGCCAAACGUUUGCCUGUGUGGCAUUGCCACAAAUAAACAGGGUGGAAUACUUAUCUAUCCAAGCAUGGAGAAAAUUUUUGUACUGAGCUGCACAAACAGAAGAGAUAGAGCGUAUAUAGAGUAGAAAUGUACCAGCACAUGGUCUUGGACAGGGCUCCUUCUGUAAAGUGGGUUGUUGUUUUUGGAACGCAAAGCUUCAGCUGCUGUUGAAACUGAUGUCUACUGUCCAUGAAACCACUGAAAAACUAUGUAAAUAGAUGCAAAUGUAAAAAAGAAGAGUUCAGGAGAAUUUUACGCAGCUUUGUUGCAGUUGGCUGAACAGGGCAAAAAAAAAAUUCAGGUUGCACAGUGAACCACUGAUGAUGGUGCCUGAAUGUUUGGUAAGAAUUGCCCCCAUAUAUUUGUUUCUUCAUUUAAUGUAUCUUUGCGUUGAAAAGAGAAUGUGCUUGUCUGUGUGCUCUGCAGCAGCACUGCAGUAGCAGGGAGGUGUUGGGAGCUAGAGGCAAAUAGUUUUAAAUGCAAUUAUAGAGUCAGUCAUGAACCUCAAAGGGCCAUGCAGUUGGUAAACUGGAUGCACACUACAAGGUUUUUUUUUUUAUAUGGUUUCAGAAUUUGUUGACUUUUAGCCUGAUUUUAAAUAUCUUGGGGUAAAACGUCGGCACAGAAGGUCCAAAGUUAGCGAAUUGCAACACCUUUAAAUACAUAGCAAUGUAGAAGGUAUACAUAGUAGCAGUUUGUUUACAAAGCUGAAGAUGCAUCAUGCUUUGCAGAUUUACUGUUAGUAUGUGGACCAGUCUCUUGUUACAUAUUCCAAAGAUGUUUUCUUGCCUCACGUAAUUUCUGAGAAUUUUAUAGAGCACAUUUUCCCUGUCUAGUUACUGCAGCUGUUCGCUUCAAAAACUGAAGCUUGCUCCAUCACCAGCAUUAAUUGCAUUCUUGUGUUUAGAGAGGAAGCAGGACUAUUUAAAUCCAGGAAAGACAUAUGCAAGGGAGCCAGCCCUCUGUCUUUGUUGUUGCAGGAAUGUGGAUCUGCCAAGAUGACAGGCAGGCUCCCACAUACCUGAGCAGCUCCCUCUCUGAACUUUAUCACUGCCCAUCACCACCUCCACAGUCCACCACCCACCUCUGCUUGUCCCUUUCCCCCCUUGCCACCCACCGGCAGAGAACUUGGGAUUCCAGCUGUAACCUAGGAGGUUCCUCCUCUCCUUUCAGUCUUUUUUAGUUCAAGGUCAGAGUCCGACCAGCCAUGGCCCCAGCCCUACUGGCUGGGGUGGUCGGCCACUAGGGUCAAACUGGCAUGAAAUAGAAAUUUGAAGUGCAUAAACCAACUUUGUAUGCGUAAAUACAUAAUUUAGAGAACUGGUGACUCGGGUGUUGGCCUCCAGCUGACUGGGACACAAACCUAGCAUUUCCCUGCUUUACAAUCUGCAAUAUUUCUUUUCUAAAGCUCCUUUACUCUCUGAAUUUAGAGCUCCACCUCAUUAAAAUGCAGCUUCACAAGAUGCUGCCCCCUCCCUUUUGCAAGUACUUGUGUCAGGAUAUUUCUGAGGAGGGGACAUUGCAGAGUUAGUGCGGUGUGUGAGGAGCAGGUAGAGAGCAGAGUCAUGCACAGCCUCACCUCUCCUGCUGCACUCCAGCCCUGCAGAGACGGCUCCCCGGCCAACCUCAGGACCCGCCCUCUGCUGCUGCUAUAGGCCCUGUUCUGACCAUAAACACCUCUCACCACCUACUGACACUGUACAGUAUCACCUGCUGCUCAACUCUCAUCUAUGGCACACAGAUCAGUUCAUAACAGUAUUUUUCUCACCGUUGAACCUCUUGCUCUUUUUGUUCUGAGGACAUUUUUAAGUGCUGAGGCUACCGUGAUGCACAGCAGAGCAAAUUUUGUUCAAAGUUUCAAAAAUCAAAAAAGACUUGUUGCUCUUCUAGAUGAGGCUGCAUGCAGUGCCACUGAUGUACAUUUCUUGUUAGGAGUAAAUCACCCCUACUCUCAGAUGAAGUAGCAAACAGAAAGCAAUCCACAUGUUCACCAUUUUCAGCUGGUGUGGAAAUUAACUGCGCAUGCACAGCAAAGAUCACCUCCCUUACUCAUCUCUCAGUCACAAUGUCUGGCGUUUCUAUUAGCACCUUAUAAACAAUAUCUUCAUUCUAAACUAGUGCAAAGAAGUGAAUUUCCCCCCACAUUUUCUUUAACAAAAUAGAGCAGAAUCCCUAAAAGAGUGACAGUUUGUGACUAAAACAAAAAGCUCACCUUUCAGCUUUGACCAAAAAACAUUUUACUAAGAAUUAUCUGUUGUCUGUUUUUUCUUUUCCACAGCUUAUCAUAGAUCAAAUUUACAUUAAGGUGAGGAAUAUCUUUUUUAAAAUAACAAUGUACUAUUAGCAUGCCUUUUCCCCAAGCUUGAUUAUGUGUGUGUGUGCUUCCUGUUUUUUUUUUUUACUCCUAUGAUAAAAGGAGUGAGUCUCAACUCUAUUCCUCUCAUCUCUGUUCUCAUAUACCUCACCUUCUGCCUUAGUUUUGGUUUGUGAAUGACUGUAAAUUAGGAAGAAACCAACUUUGGUUAUUUGUUUCUGCAAACAGACAACGCUAAGUAAGGAUAUUAAAGUUUUUUCCUUUUAUUUUUGUACGUAUGUGCU